AUGGCCACCGUCAACUUGUCCUCCUCGUCGAACUCCAUGUCUCUCUCCUCGUCCACCCGCGACGGAGCCAUAGUCUACAAGGGAAAAUACACCAGAUCAUGGCAGCAGCUACCCCACGAAAUAAUCAGACUUAUCGCUACUUUCUAUCUGCUCGAUGUCACAACAGCCAUUCGCCCUCCAAAUACUUGGGAAAUGCGGGAGUUGUGGCCCUCGCGCCUCGUAUUCCUGGUCUUGCGCCAGGCGCUUGACCUCGAGAAGUUGAUGUGCCUUUGUCCGUCGUGGGGGUUGGCUCUGGAGCAUCACUUGUUCUGGCAACAUGCGCUCACUGUUAUCGACCCGCACAACGUCCUUGGGCAUUGCGCGUUCGUACAAUCCAACGCCACAGCCGGUUCGACCAAUGCCGCAACCCUACGCGUCACUCCAUACCAUCAUUUCCAGACAGUUCGGUGCUCCUCGUGUAUGGUAUGCCGAAUUAACGUGCCAUACACAAAUAACGGCCUGGCCUACGCCAAACGACAGCUUUUGACUCCAACAUUAGGAAGCAUCGUCACAUGUCGCGAGCAUAGGAAGACCACUUACUGCGGGGUUUGCUUGCGAGAAGCACCCGCAUCGGAGGGAGAGGCAGAAUUUGCCCAAGGAACGUCAGUCUUCUGCGUCGAGAAUGAGGACGAAGAGACUUGGCCAGGCGUAGAGGCGACAUGCCGAUUUUGUAGAGCCGAGUGGCUCUGGCGACGAGUGCAACACAUCCCAGCCGAUCGGGAGGCCGUCGGAGGCACUGACUGGGAGUGUCCCGACUGGGAGGCGCGCCAGUCGUUGGAGGCAUUCAUUGACCUUGGAGAAGGUACAAUCGGCGAUGUCAUCGCCCUCGCUCGGGAGAAACAUUGGCUACGAACGAACACGAAGUUAGCCGACAUGCUGAAGCAAGCCGUUGCCGCAUCGCGGUUCGUGUCUAGGGCCGAGGCUGGGGAGGAAUAUACCAGCGAAGAGGAUGUGAGCGAUGCAGACGACCCAGAGUUAAUGAGCAUCACGGAAGAUGCGGGAGGCAUUCGCGAGAUCGCGAUCAACGAUUGGGCAAGAAACCGCAUCCUGGACGGCCAUUGGAUCAGUCCUGCCGAUCAGUGGUACGGUUACACCGACAGGAGCAAGUUUGGUGACGUGCCCGCUCAACAUCCAUGCCCCUGGAAUAGAGGGGCAAUAUACAGUGGAGCUUUAGAGGAUCGCGAGAGCGAGGCCGUUGCGGACGGCGAGGAGUUGGAACAUCCCCGGCCAAAAACGCUCAGAGCACCGGUUCCUCCUUCGUUCCACCUCUGCGAACAGGCUUACAAGGCGUUCAUACGGCAAAUGAGGGAGAUUUUAUUGCCUCCGAUGAAUAACAUCGUGAGGCGUUUGGUCAUCGAAUGCACGGCUGACGGUGUGGAUCCAACGAUGAAGGCCGCGAGGAUGACGCCCGAGGACGUUAUGCAGGAAUUGAGAGAUGAAGGCGUGUGGUUCAACGGCGUUGACUGGCUGGAGCGCAGGGCGAAUGCGAGGCGCGAGCAUGGGCGCGACAGAGAGCGAGCGAAGGAUGAUGACGCGUCCUCUUCCUCCUCUAGAUCGGACGGCUCCCAUACAACAAGUCCAGUGCUGUCGACCACAACGCUGCAGACCACGCCGUCCCCUCCGCCGAGUGGAGGUAUUAAAGACGAUGAUUGCUUGUCUUCCCCCACUGCGCCUUCUGCUCCCGUUCUUCCAAUCGCGGUUUUCCCGGUGCUCAAGUCUCCCCAGAUCUUGCAUCCGAUUCCCUAUAUACCGGUCACAAUGGCUCACAUGCCGCUGUACAGCUUGGAGGCGUUCAAUGCCGCCUGGAGAGAGGCAUGCGCGCCUCUCUACCAAUGCAGGUGUACCGUCUGUGAACGUGCAGUCUUGAAGGCCAAUAUUGCGGCCGGAAACAUCGUUCCAAGCCAACCGCCGCCACAGGUUUCACCCUGUGUUCAGCCAGUGCCGCAGCAGCCUGUUUCUAUCAGAAUUUCUCCAGCACGCGCUGAAGAAGAAGAGGAGGAUGAAGAAGAGGAGGAGGAGGAGGAGGAGGAAGAAGAAGAGGAAGACCCAGAAGAAGAUGGUGAAUCCGAGAAAGGAGACGAUACCUCCAUUCCAGAAUCUCUGUCGGAAAUCUCUGCCUGUCGAGUCACUCCUCGAAAGCGAUCCUCAAGGGAACUUGACGCCGAAGCUUUUGCGGAAGCCAUUGUGCAAAGUGUUGAAGGCAAGGACUUGAGCGAGCGAGGCGGGACACCUCCGAAGCGGCCUCGCAGAGAAGGGUCAUUCUCGCCGGUAAAUGUCAGCCCCACAUCUUCCCCGGCACGACUACGCAAGAGAUCUUCGGAGGAACUCGAAGAUGGCUGUGAACUCCAGCCAGCUGGUAAUGGCGACGCGAAGAGAGUGAGGACAGAGGUGCCUCGUUCUGUCUUCAAGGUAACUGUCGACCACGCGGGGUAA